CUCGGUGCAACGUGUUGGCGGCGGCUGCGCGGGCUCUUCCGGCCUCCGCCGUUUCCUGCGAAGCAGAACCCCCCCACCCCCUGCCCGGCCCCUUGUCUCCUCCAGCCUGCGACCCCAGCAGCUGCCCCCGGCCCAGCCCAGCGCGGCCCCGGCUGAGCGCGAGGCUCUGGUUAGCUGCAGCCGCGAGCAUCAUGAGAGCGCUGCCUUCCCCGGUGCUGCUCCUACUCCUGCUGGCUCCCGGAGCCUGGGCUAGCGUGUUCCUCCCCUCGCCCAAGCAGCAGCCGCAGCCGCAGCCGCCCGUGCCGCCGGAGGUAAGCCCCGGGUCGGGGCCGGGGAAUGUCACCCAGCUGGAAGGAGAGGCGGCGGUGGGCGGCAGCGCCAACCGAAGCGAGACCUUGGUGACUCGCAUCUCCAGCCUGCUGAGGGACCUGCCCACCCUGAAGGCGGCCGUGAUCGUGGUGUGCGCCUUCACCUCCUUCCUCAUCGCCUGCCUGCUGCUCCGGGUGUUCAGGUCUGGAAAGAGAAUAAAGAAAACCCGGAAAUAUGAUAUCAUUACGGCUCCAGCAGAGAGAGUAGAAAUGACUCCUUUAAAUGAAGAAGAUGAUGAUGAAGAAGACUCAACAGUUUUUGAUGUCAAAUACAGGUAAAAACCACUUUUCUGGAGUUGGGGCACACCAUGGAAAAUCAGUCAGCCAUCGAAAGCCCUGCUGGACCCUGAAGUGUGGAAGGGACGAUGGAAGCCAUCAUCUCUGAAGCGUUGAUACCAAAACAAAUAUUCCCUCUGACUCCAGGACCUUAUUUAUAAACAGUUCGGCAGCAGGCGGGCCUGUGUUGAACUCCUGUGUCAAAAUGUCAGAAUUAAGCUCUUCAUUUCCAAACCACUACCUUAGGUUAACCUGUGUCACUUUUGAAUGUCUCUUUCAAAUGCCACCAGGCUCCAGUUCUCUCUUCUUGAAGAGAUUCUUUGAUAAGGGGGGGAGGGUAGAAACUUUUUUAUUUUUCUCCUUUUAAAGCAGAUUUCUGCAAGAUGAGAAUUUUUUAAAAAAAAUACACCCAGAUCCCAGACAUUAAAAAGCCAGAAGAAAAUUCAGCUCUGUGAUUUAGAAUUAGAUGCUUUUUCUUGUCUGGCUCUUGAGUCUUGAGAUCUGAGGUUAUACCAACUUCUUGGCUGCUUUAAAUUCCAGCCACUUGCCUUAAUCUUUUGGUGAGUGUGUUUUAAUGGAAAAGCAGAUUUCAACAAUGGUGGCUAGUGGCUCUAUGCUAAACCAGCCUUGCUAGGAUUGUGUGUUUGUAUGCGACAGACUUAUUGGUGAAGAAAAUUGUGAUCGCUUGCUACUGAUUUCGACAAUUGCACUAGCCCCUACUGAAUCAUGCUAUUCCUCAUGCUCCAGUGGAGCAAAUUGGUGUCUGAAAUGAAGUAGUUUUUGUUAGACUUAUUAUUUUUUUUUUAAAGAGUAUGAGUUCCACAGAAUUAGGCUUGGCUGGUUUGAAAGGAAUUGUGGAUUUCAGGAAAAAAAUUAUAUUUUUUAUGAUUUUUCCUUCUCUGCUGGGAAAAUAAAACACCAGGCAGCUUUUGGUUUGUGUAAAAGUUUGUGCCAUUUUUCUUGCCCUGAGUUUGCCAUUGCUCUGUGUGUGUGUGUGUGUGUGUGUGUGUGUGUAUGUGUGCAUUUCAGUUGCCUAAAUUUAACUGAGUGGCAGUUUGGACUGCUGAGAACAGAGUUUGGUCAGUGACCGUAUCAGAAGUAAAUUUGGAACUGGAGAGAGAAUAUUUUUUCAUCAAACUGGAAACAUCCCUGUCACUUUGGGCUGAUGUAUCUCAUUUCGCUGUAAAAUAUACAUCUAUGUAGACGUGAGAGAUGGAUUUUUGUUUCCUCUUAUACUUCAGGAAUAAUAAGUUUAGACAAUAAGUAUUUCUCUUUUGAAUUUAGAUUUGCAUCAUUCACAAGGAUUGCUGAACUCGUAACUGUAGAAGUAUGUGCAUCUGUUGAUUGCCAGUCACCCAGAAGUGACUGUAUUUGCCUUUGCUUGAACAUUGCACUAACGUCUGUUAGUGGGACCUUUUGGGACCCAGGGAAUUCAGUCUGACUUGAAACAGUUUUUCCUCUCCUCUUCUCCUUCCCUUCCCUCUCGUCGUCUCCUUUUCACCAUUUCUUCUUCUUCUCCUCUCCCUCUCCUCUCCUCUUUCCUUUGUUUGUUCUACUUGGUCUUUCUGGACCUUUUGGACCCAUUUCUCCUUACACACUUUGCAAUCGAUUGGAGGAAAUCUAUACUAUUAAAAUAUUUCUCUUACAGCUCCCUGGGAAGGUCUCUUGGCAGUUCCUGAGGCUUCCAGCGUUCUGGGACUCUUGGUACAUCCAUAGACCUUUUUUAUACCCUCUGAGUUUGCUGGUACCACAGAUAACUUGUGCAGAGAGGGUGCUUUGAAUAUAGCAGGCCGUGAAAGAAUACCUCUUUGUACUGCCAUAGCAUUUUGAAUCAAACCAGAAAAGGCUUUGUAGCUAUCGAAACCCACAUACGGUGCCUCCUGGACCUUCGCCCUAUGCAUUGGCUCCAUAUGUUGACCUUUUUUUCUUUUUUUCCCCCUUUUUUGCCAUCUGCCAAAGGGCUGGGAAUAGGAAUGGAGAAGGAUGUGGUUACUCCAUAUCUCUUGAAAAUGCACUCUCAGCCAGAGUGGUGACUGGAAAUGACACCUUCCUAUUCACCAUCUGCUCCUGUACCUUUUAACUGGAACUCUCCUGAUACACUGCCUUUUAAAAUAUUCCCUUUCCUCCCUCCCCCAUUCCAUUUGCAAGAUGGGCCAAAACCUGGGUUUUCUUUCCUUUAUGUCAGAAUUAUGUUCCUGGAAUCAUUAGUGAUCUCUGAAGCAGGUCACCACUAAAUUCGUAGUGGAAUUUUUGAAUUGUAGGCAUCUAGGUGAAUCUUUGGCUGAAUCAAAUUGUUUUUGAUAGUGAUACUUUUUGAAACAGAACAUGGUGCCUUUUUCUCUUAGGGAAAUGACUGAUCCCCUUUAAGGCUUAUUUACUUGAGAACUUUAUCAGCAUCAUUAGAUGGUUCCACAAACUUGGUGAAUUACAAAAAAAAUGUUUAAACAUAAAAUGGUGAUGGGGGAAAAGUUUGUUUUUACUUUUACUUUCACGUGGACUUGGUGGACAAAUUUUUAGAAACUUCCUCUUCUCAUGUGUAAUGAUGAAGGCCCAUUUUCAUGAUGGACAGUUUCUUGGGAAGACCUUCGAAUUUCUCUUAACGAUUAUGUACCAGCCAUGUCAAGGUCCUCACCUUUGACCUGAAUUAAACUUUCUGAUACUUUUAUUUGCUCUUCAUUUCAUACAUAUGCAUUUAUAAUGAAGAUGAGCUUAAGGGAAGGAGUUUGUACCUCUCCAUUUUAACUAAAGAUCAACCAGAAAUAAAAGGUGUCUAAUUCUUUUUCUAGAAGCUACUUUUAAAAAAAAACAGCAUUCUCAGCAAUAGUGAAAAUUUAAAAGCAACUCUUUCCUAAGCUGGAGUAUUUGAAACCUAAAUACCUCAGACUUGGCAUUUGGUUCUGGACUUAAGAAACUGUGCUUAACUUGUACCCCCUAGGCCAGGGGCAUUUUCUUUUCUGAGAAGUUUGUCUUACACUGGUCUAUAUAUACACUCAUGGAGAAGCUGGAGAGGAAGAAAAAAAGCUUGUUCUGCAGUCAACCUUCUUUAUUGAUCGACUGAGCCACAGAUAGAAAAUGACUUUUUCUGAUUCCCCUACUUGCGUUUCACUUGGAUAAUGAAUUGUGAAUUGGGAAAGUGUCCUUCAGCAUACAUCUUUCCAAUAAAGAAGAUAACGUUUUUUUUUAUUCCUCACUAUACUAUGUAAAGCCCAAGUGGAAGGCAGAAAAGAUAAUGACUUGACACUUAUCACCUCCUCCUUCUAAGUGGAGAGCAUAUUGAAAAGGUGAUGUUAGCAUUGAUUAUUCUAUAACUUACUGUUGGGGAGGAGGAAGGCAUUGUAGAAUGUUUAUAAAUGACAGCCUUCAAUUUUUAACCGUAAAGGAUUCUUGGGAAAAGCCUUGAGUUUUAUUUGUUAAUCCUUCUUUGAUAAAGUGCAUAUCUUCUAGACAAAACUUUUCACCAGACAAAGGUCAAACUGGCCGGUUGAAGGAAGGGUGGCUCCUGGUAGCAUUAAUAGUCAACAUUAGCCUAAAAAAAGGAUACUGUGCUGCAUUGUCACCCAAAGACUAUUAUUGAGACUUGAAUAUUUCUACUGGAUUAAGUAUGGGCAGGAGGGAAGAAAUAGGCCCUGGGCAGAACCAAGAAACUUAAGCCAUCUCAAAAACGCUUUCACAGAGGAUCAAAAAAAAGUGUUUAGGUCAACAGUUGAUGAUUGCCGACAAAUUUUGGAGGAAUCUUUCCUGGUACAGUCUAACUGCUUGAAUCAAUUGAAUCUCUACUUUUGGGAAAACAAAACAAAACAAAACAACUGGGGGCCUGGAGAAGAUGCCUGAGUCGUGGUACCAUGAGCUGGUUACUCCAAUGAAGGCUCUCACCUCAUCGCCAGUGGCUCCAUCAGAGACGUGGGUCCAGUUACGCUUCAUACUGUGCUGUGUGUUUCUACUUCAUGCUGUGUUGAUGAAAGAAAAAUUCUUAGUUUUUAUUGAGCAGAGAGUAUAGAAUUUAUGAGCAUUUGAUGUAAACUCGGUAAUAUAUGCUGUAUAGGAUUUUUUUUUAAAUGGAGGCUCUAAGUUGCAUUAUGUUUUGGGAAUGAUUGAAAAUGAAUGGUCUUGGUUCUUUUGAAUGAUUUGUCAUUAAUCACUACCUGGAUGUAAGGUUUUUUGUCUAAGUCUUUUGUAUUGCAGAGGACCAAUAUGGAUAUACUUUUGAAAGUGUCUCAAUAUUUGCUGCUAUUUUGUGUACAUUGUUUUUUGCCUGCUUUCACAGUAGCUUUAUGAAAAAGACCCCCGCACCCCCCCCAACUUUUUACUUUUUCUGUUAAUAGAGAACAGAACAAUAGGUGGCACACGCCAUCCUGUGGAUUUCCUAUAGAUCUAGGUCACUUUUUAACGCCAUUAUUUUAAACCUUACUAGUUGAUUUAAUGAGACUGGAGGGAAGAUGGCUUUUUUUUUAAAGGCUGCCUGCUGUUAGAUGGGAUUCUAGUGUUCUUGUAUAAUUCUGCUGGGAUAGCCUACUGUUAAUAGAGAAGAGUAAUAUGAAGGCCCAUUCUUAAGAACCUUCUUAUCCCUGAGGGAAAACUAUAGGUCAUUUUAGGCUUUUUUUGGAUUGGGGGCAAGUAAGGGGUAGAGAAUCAGAAUGGCUGUCACUUAAAAGCCCUUUGUAAGAACUGAGGCAUGCUUUGGUCUUCAGGUUUGAAAGACUAUUUUCUUGUCUGCUUUGUGUAUUUCCUGAAAGUUUUUUUUAAAGACUGAUAAUAACUAAUAAGCAGCUCAUUUUGGGGUGUCAUGCUAUCAUGAUCCAUGGCAUUAUUACUAGACCAUUCUUCAGAAUUAGACUGGGGUUGGGGGGAGGUCAUUUUUCUCUUUUUUUGUCUUAUAGAUGUCGAAAUUUGUUUUGCCGCAACCUUUUUUCUGAGCCUAUCAUUGUUUCUUUUGUAAUAAUCCUGUUUUGUAUGAUACGGGAUAUUGAGAAUACUGUUCAUAUAAGUUGUUUUGACAAAAA